UGUCACCUGUCUCCUUCCUUAAGCCCGAGAGAUAACCAAUAAAGUCAGACAGUCUGCCCUUACAUUUAGUUGCAGCUGGUGUCUUGGGCACAACAAACAUUGCCAUCGCAUUCCUCGCAGAGAACCAGCUUAAGAAUUGCAUACCCACCCAGGGACGUCACCUGCUCUCCUCUGGCAAUUAUAGCCACCCAAGAGCUGCUGUAUAACCUAAAAUAUCCCGCGGUCACUACCCCACAGCGUGUCCGACCACAUGCAUUUACCGGAUCAUUUGUCUAUCAUCAUUUGAUUGGGGUCCAAUGACUGUCAUUUAACAGGAGGAUCACAACUGCAAUUCUGAUGCACUGGGGGCCAUUUAGACACAAAAUAGAUUCCUUUGAACGCCAGCCAUCUUCCUAAACACAAAUCUGAAACAGAAAUAACCUGUCGACAUAAGCCUUCCUCCGUGGUGCUGGAUUCCAUCAGGAAAGAGUUAAAAUUCCUCGCUACUGUAUGCUCGGUGGGAGCUGGGCGUAAGUCAGCAUGUCACAAAGAAUCCAAACCUCCAACAAUCGUGGUCACGUUUUCAGUGAAACCAAAGCGAUCUGAUCUGACUCCCAGAACAGUGCACAACGACUUUGCGAGGAGUCGACGGAGGUUCGUCUGCUUUAACCAGCAAGCUUAACCUGUGUGCCGAUCGCCGCAACCAUGUGGAAACUAAAACCUCCGCUCGAAUUGCCUCUCAGUCUCAAGUACAACCACAUUUUGGAGAAAUUAACUCCACGUGAUCCUGAAAUUAAUGUUAAAAAAUUGUCAGCUGAAGAAGAAUUUCCAAACUUGUGCAAAAAUCAGACUUGUAUGGCAAAUGUUCUUACAAUGCAAAUGUACAAGAGACUGAGGAACCGGGCAACUCAAAGUGGCUUCACACUAGAUGAUGUAAUCCAACCUGGUGUAGAUAAUCCUGAGCAUUCUUGCAUGAGAACAACAGGGUGUGUGGCUGGAGAUGCAGAAUCGUAUACUGUCUUCAUGCAGUUCUUUGAUCCUCUUAUUGAACUUUAUCACAGUGGUUACAAGAUAAAUGAAAAGCAUAAGAGUGACAUGAAUCCAGAAAACUUAAAGGGUGGAGAUGAUCUAGACGGACGGUAUGUGUUGGCGUGCUGCGUGAGUACAGGACGCAAUGUCGAUGACUUUAGUUUCCCACCCCACUGCAGCCGCGGGGAGAGACGUGCACUGGAAAAGCUUGCAAUAGCAGCCCUCAAUGGACUAAAUGAUGAAAUUAAGGGCACUUAUCACUCAUUGAAGAACUUGAGUGAGGAAGACCGUCGGAGUUUGACUGACGCUGGAAUUCUUACUGAUUAUAUUGUUACUCCAAAGAUGCUUUCAUCUGGAAUGGCCAGAGAUUGGCCAGAUGCACGGGGAGUCUGGCACAAUGAUAUGAAAAAUUUUAUUGUUUGGGUCAAUAAAGAAGACCACCUUCGUAUUAGUUCUAUGCAACAGGGAGGGAAUCUGAAACAAGCAUUUGUACAGUAUUGUUUGGGUCUUAAAAAGCUUGAAGAAAUAUACCACCAGAAAAAGCACACCUUCAUCUGGAAGGAUAACCUAGGUUAUGUGUUGACUUGCCCUUCUGAACUUGGAACAGGCAUGUGGGCAAGUGUCCACAUUAGGCUGAAGUACAUCAGUAAGCACGCCAAGUUUGAUGAAAUCUUGCAGCGACUACGUCUGGAAAAAAAAUUCACUGAUGCUGCCCUUGCUUCCAGUGAAAGUGAAGUCUGUGAUAUCUCUAACGCAGAUCGAAUAGGUUUCUCUGAAGUUCAACUUUUGCAGCUUGUUGUCGAUGGUAUUAAACUGCUGAUAAACAUGGAUAAAUAUAUUGAACAAGGAAAAUCUGUUGAUGAACUUAUUCCUGCUCAGAAAUAAAUGUACAUAUUCAGUAAAUUUAGUGA